CGCCUGCACCAUGAAGUCCGUGAACUGCGCCAACAAAAAUUUAGACAAGGUUCCAUCCGGCUUCCCGGUGACAACGGAGGUUUUAGCGCUGCAAGUCAACUUAAUCACUAAAAUUGAAAAAGACGAUUUCAAGUACUUAACCUCGCUAAGGCUGUUGUUUGUAUUUACCAACAGAAUAUCCAUUAUCCACCCGGAUUCUUUACUAAACAUGCAUAAACUUGAACAGAUAAAUUUAACUAACAACCAAAUUAAAAUUGUUAGCGCGAACAAUGUUAACAUCCCGUUAAUUCCAGGGUUAAUUGUUGACCUUACUGGCAAUAAUGUAGAAAGCAUUAACGACUACACAAUGUUCAACGUAGUUGGCGCAAAGAUAAAUCUGUUGAUUAGGAGUGCAAGUUUACAAUGUAGUUGUGCUUUGUUAACAAUAAGAGAGCGCCUCGCAGUGACCUUCAGCCAAGAGGAUCUGCAGAGCGCGCUGUCGAAAUUCACGUGCGUCAGUGGCACGAGUCAGCUGUCCUACCUUACAGCGUUAAGUACUCACUUUGAAAAGUGUAGUGGCCCGAGCUCCAGCAAAAAAAUGCGGCAUGUGUGUCGUAUCUGUACAAACGUAAAAGACUUCUUCGCCUUUUCGAAAUGUCCAAAACCUUAUUGUGAUGAUGUGAAAACACAAUGUCUGACGACACUUAAAAUAAACAGUACCGGCGUUUCCUUCUCUUCCGGAUGUGGAGAAACAGCAAACUGUUACAGGCAGCAUGUGAGCACUUUCAACGAAUGCCGGAAAGGCCUGCCUCCAUUGGGCUGUGUUGUCUGUUGCAGAAACCCCGAUUGUAGCGAUCGACUGGUCCGCGAUCGUUUAGUGAAAUAUACAGUGGAUUUGAUUUACAACAAAUACGGACAAUUAGAACACGAUUUGAAAAACAGGUCCUCAGAUUAUUUUAAAACAACAGAAAGCCGGAUUAGUGUUGCAAUACGACCAUUAAUCGAUUCAAAAAUUGGCUUUGUGGAAACAAGUGUCCGAAGUUUUGAAGAAAUUCCAGAAAACAAUGAUGAAUAUCAUGUACGCCUAAAACUCGAGGUAACUACCAUAGCUGAGCUAAGCUUCCAAACGGUACUGAAUGAAAUACGAGAAAAUAUUUCUGUCUACUCAACUACUCCAAACAACUGGUUUUCCAGAGAAGUAUUCGUUCCUGACACGUUGGGUGUUAUAGACCCUAACUAUUGUCCCAUUGUGAAAACUAAAGAACAGUCUGAGGUGGUGACGUGGCCUAAGACUAUCCGUGAAGGGAGACAAGAAAAAAUGUUAGAAUUCUCGCAAUACACAUUGCGCCUAACAAGACAGUGCAUUCCAGAUGGAGAAGAUGCAGCAAAGUGGGGCCCUAUAAUCAGGGAAAUAGAUUUAAAGAAAAGAAGGAAGGUGUCUUAUGUGUUCUGGGCUAGUAUUAAAGCCUUAGAUACAUUUACAAUUUCAGCUUACUUUAAUUCGGUAGAGGAAGGUAUAAUUAAUAUUAUUUAUUAUUAUAAUCAAAGAGAGCUUACAGAAGAAUAUCGCGUAACAAACUUUUCUUCAAACAAAGGAACCCUGCUGCAGAAAUG